GGUGACGAGUUUCGUUUCGCCGAAAACAACAUCUCUGUAAAACAAGAGUAAGGCUUCAUGCAUAAAUCUUGAUCAACAAUGGUAAUAAACUUUUUCAGUCAAUAUAUAUAGUUUUCUGAUAAUAAACUUACCAUUGUUGAUCAAGUCUUUAUAAAUACCCUUCUUAAGGGAGUGUGUCCUCCACACUUAUCACUUUAAUCUCUUCUCCUCCUCUUCUUCUUUAUCAAUAUCACUGUCAUAAUACAUUUUAAUCAUUUCAAACCCUUGAUCAUUUUCUUCCAUGGCAGCCAACACCAGCAGGUUCCCUCUGGCUGUUAAUGAUGUUGAGCAACAAGCAACUGUAUUAGAGCUAGAACCCACGAAGGAUCAGGACUUCGACUAUUCAAAAAGAGCACAAUGGCUACGAGCUGCAGUUCUUGGUGCCAACGAUGGUCUGGUCUCCACUGCAUCACUGAUGAUGGGUGUUGGUGCUGUGAAACAAGACAUCAAGGUCAUGAUACUUACUGGAUUUGCUGGACUAGUAGCUGGAGCUUGUAGUAUGGCAAUAGGUGAGUUUGUGUCUGUGCACUCACAGUUGGAUAUAGAGUUGGCUCAAAUGAAGAGAGACAAGCAAAGAGGAUGCAAUAAUAAUGAAGGAAAACAAGAAAAUGGAGGUCAUGAAGAAGAAGAAGAGAAGGAGAGUUUGCCUAAUCCACUGCAAGCAGCUGCAGCCUCAGCUAUUGCAUUUUCAGUUGGGGCAAUGGUGCCACUAUUAGCUGCUUCUUUUAUAAGAAACUAUAAGGUGAGACUAGGUGCUGUAGUUGGUUCAGUGAGUCUGGCUUUGCUGGUGUUUGGGUGGUUAGGCGCUGUGUUGGGGAAGGCACCAGCGGUUAGGUCCUCUGCUAGGGUUUUGGUUGGUGGGCUAAUGGCUAUGGCCAUAACCUUUGGACUAACCAAGUUGAUUGGCUCCAGCGAUCUGUGA